CCCACAUUGUGUGUGACAAACGAACUUUGAUCACUGUACUGAGCCCUCCUCUAGAGGCCCUGUAAUAGGAGUAAUGGAGUUCAACACACAGAAAGUGACACUUCUCUGCCUGCUCCUGUUUCUCUGCUGUAUAUUAACAUGCCUUGGGACUCAUGGAGUGUUCCUGAACAGACCAGAGGCAAGUAGAGUACUCCUGCACAGAACACGGCGUGCCAACUCAUUUUUCGAGGAGUUCAAACUGGGAGAUCUCGAGAGAGAGUGUUUGGAGGAGAAAUGUUCCUACGAGGAGGCACGAGAAAUAUUCUCAUUCCCUGAAAACCUGGAAGAGUUCUGGAGGAAUUACGCAGAGGAGGAUCAGUGUGAAUCUGGUCCCUGCAAGAAUGGGGCCACGUGUGUGGACCAGGUCAAAAAUUACAUCUGUGUCUGCCUCCGUGGGUUUGAAGGACGGGACUGUCAUACAGCGGUGCAGGAGUCCUUUGGCUGCUUGUAUAAGAAUGGAGGGUGUGAACAUUUCUGCACGGACGCACCGGGCUCACCCCCCCGAUGUGAGUGCGCCCCAGGCUACACUCUGGGUGAAGAUAACACUUCCUGUCAGCCAGAAGUUCCCUUCCCCUGUGGCAGAGUGGUGCAGUUCAACCCAAGGAUUGUGAAAGGCAAUAUGUGUCCCAAGGGGGAGUGUCCAUGGCAGGCCAUGCUGGAGUAUGAGAAAACGUACAUGUGCGGAGGCAUUAUCCUGGAUGCCGGGUGGGUCCUCACAGCUGCGCACUGCGUGUGGCGUGUCCAGGUGUCUCAGCUGCAGGUCACUGUGGGUGAGCACAUCCGUUUCAAGCCAGAGGGCACCGAGCAGGUGAGAAGGGUGGUGAGGGUAAUCGUCCACCCGAAUUACAACCACUCCUCUGCGGACAGCGAUCUGGCGCUGCUGCGGCUUGAUUCGAAGAUAGCGCUGGGCCUCUACGCCUUGCCCGUGUGCCUCCCACCCAGAGACAGACGCUUUGUCCAGCAGACGCUGGCGGCUGUGCGUAGCUCGGUCGUGAGCGGCUGGGGGAGGCUGGCCCAGGGAGGCCUGGAGUCCGUCAGCCUACAGAGACUGGAAGUCCCGCUCGUCCCGCUGCAGGACUGUCGGGAGCAGACUGGCCUCAACAUUACCGAUAACAUGCUGUGCGCUGGCUUCCCGGAAGGUGGGCAGGACUCCUGCCAGGGCGACAGCGGGGGUCCCCUCGUCACCCGCUACAAGAACACUUGGUUCCUGACGGGUGUGGUGAGCUGGGGGAAGGGCUGUGCCCAGUCGGGUUUCUAUGGCAUCUACACCCGAGUCUCCAAUUUCCUGGACUGGAUCAACAACACUAUGGCCACUGUGUGAGGGGCGUGGCUUGCUCAUGAAGAGGUUCCUCAGCCAUUUCCAAAAAAACAUCCUGUGGAACUCAACGCACCAAAAAUCUUUUGGGAACGUUGUUACCUACCACUGUCCUUUUCUCUCUCUCUCUCCCUCUCUCUCUCUCUCUCUCUCACACACACACA